ACUGGAGACGUUCCUGUUUAAAACGAACUAGGGAAAAUUUUAGCCCUCAAUUUUGCCUCUCAGGCAUAACAGCGCAACCCUCCUCCGUAAAAACCAAAAAAAAAACGAAACCAGUGAAUUUAUAAUGUAUGGUUUGUAUGUGGUUGAAGUAAGGUCAUGGUUAAUUCAUUUUCACCUGCCAUUUGUAAAGUUGGCUUCUGUUAUUUUUUUCGGAGACAGGGAGGAGUGACUGCCUGACAGUCAACAUCUGGGCUAUUUUACACCAAAUCACCCUCGUCGUCAUGGUUACACUUAGAGUUUCAUGUAUGUUCAUUGGUGACGAGCUAACUUAUGUGAAAGCAGUACUUAACCUAACUAUUACAAGUCGUAGUUGUGAUAUCAUAUAAGUUCUAUUAUUGAAGCCUGUACUAAACAUGUCUAAUAUUCUACAAAAAGAAGACAAGCUGGGAGCAGUUUUAGUUCAGGUUCAAGAUGAUUUAAGACAACUCAAAGCUAGUCUUGAGAAAAUCACUGCCAGCGAGAAGAGCAAAACACUGGACAUUCAAGCCCUGGACAAUGCCAUUUGUAGGACCGAGAAUAGCAUCAGGAAACAUGCAGAGGAUUAUUUGAAAACUGUGAAUAAGCAGCAACUGGUUCUUCCAAGCAUUGAAGACUUACAAAAGAAGACAGUGCAGAUUCCUAAAUGGAAACCUUCUCUUGAGAGAGUCUCAGAUGUGCAUCCACAAAGGGAAGACCUUCCAGGAGCUUCACCUUGGGGAAAGCAAGGUUUAGCUGUAAACACGUGUCACUCAAACACUAGAAUCAUUAUGCACCAGAAAUGUGGGAUAUCACUCCCUGAUGUCCACAAAAAGAGCCCGAAUGCAGCAAAACAUGGCAGAGUGAUCACUGGCUCUGUGGCGAGACUUCAGACUGUUAAACCAAACGGCCGUUGCAUCCCUGGAAUACCUGAAGAAGACAAGCGCACAGUGCCACACAGAAGUUUGCUUUGUACCUCAAUCCAGCACAAAACUGCGUCUCUUCACCCUGGAGAGGGUUCAUAUUCCUCCAAGACAGGUUCAAAGUGCCACAAACAGCUAAAAUGGGAAGCAGAACCUGAAUCCACCGGUGUACCAACAGACAGUGAAUGUGCACUUCUCUGGAGCACAAAGACACCGCCUCCCUCCACAACCUCCAAGAGCAUGGACCAACGAGACCAAAGAGACAAUCUUAUCUCUGGAAGCCUUCAGAAUCUACCUGUGCCAGCUGCUGUAAACAUCACCAAAUACCCCUUUACAAUCAUAAAGGGACAGAUUGAUCCAACUGCAACCGAUUUCUGCCACUUCAAGCAGAGUUUUAGCUUAUGCUGGACCACUGUGGUCGAUGCUCUGGGGGCCCUGGAAAAACUGCUCAGAGACUUUGCUGUGCCUCUAGCAAAAGUGAGCGGAGAACGACUGGUGGAGUUUAGCCACGGUCGGGACAAUGGUUGGAGAAAGGCUUCUUUAGAGAUCCCUCUCGUUUUGGUGCUUGAAAACUGGGAGGAGGUAUUAGGUGUGGUCUCACGCCCAGGUCAGCGCUAUAAGGGAGAGGGAGGCAUGGAGGCAGCUGCCAUCCACAUCCAGUCCUGCUGGAGGCGCUACUCAGCCCGGACAGCCUACCUGUGCCACUGCCGGCGCAAGUGGGCGGCUGGCACCAUCGCCAUCUCAUGGUUGAUGCACGCUCAGAUGCGCCGUGUCAGGAAGGCCCUGCAGGCCCGGCGUUUCAGUCAACUGGAGAAUCAUCGCAGCAGAGCACACCAUCUGGCAGCCAACUGGAAACACAUCCAGUCCUCCAAGAGGACCAUUAUCCACAUCCCUUCAUUAGGAUACUCUCAGAGCCAGCGACUGUACUUGAGGGGAUUUGACGUCCUACAGAACAUCCAAAUAAGCAGAGUGUGUGAUGUUAGAGAUGAAAAUGUGGAAGUGAUCUACGUUUGUCCCCAGUAUUUGGGGGACAACAUCUUGCACUAUUACACCAGCCUCCUGAAGUGUGAUGGAGCCACAGAUGGGGCUGAUACCAGGACAACUCAGGCCUCAUCCUGCAUGAGACGCUUGAUCAUUCUCACACCUGAGGCUGUAGACUAUUUUCCGACCCAUAACAUGUGCCUGUCUACGCUGCUAAAGUACAGUCCAUGCACCCUGAAGCGCAUCAGAAACCUCAUCCAGGGGAAGCAGGCCUUUAUUGUGGGUGGAGUGGCCCAUGUGGAUGACCUGGCGGUGGCUGAUGAGCUGGGUGUCCCAAUCCUGGGUCCAGAACCAGCUAUUGCACAACUCUACAGCACAAAGUCUGGAGGAAAGAAGAUCUUUGCAGGGGCAGAGGUUGAUGUACCUCCUGGUCAAGGAGACAUCUACUCACUAAACCAGCUUCAUGAAACGCUGGCAGAGCUUUUGACCCAAAACACUGAUGUGCAGCGCUGGAUCUUCAAGAUUGACUGUGAGCACGGUGGCCGUGGUAUAGCAUACUGUGAUGUGUGCCAUCUCAGCUGUUAUAACUGGGCUCUGCAGGAAUGUCGUCGUUGUGGUCCUGAGCUAUGGAAGUCUGAAUGGAUUCAGGAGUCUGUACUGCUCAAAUAUUUAGAUGAGAUCCCAGAAUGGUUGGCCCAUUAUGCCCAGCCUGCUAAAACGUCCUGCUAUCCCAACUGGGCCUGCUUUCUGAAGACCUUCCUCAGGCAAGGCGGUGUGGUGGAGGCCUAUCCCCCUUCAGACAGUGUCACCUGUCUGACAGUAGAUCUGCUGCUGGAGCCUGCAGGGGAGGUGACCAUGCUGUCUUGUGGAGACCAACUCCAUGGCUCUUGUCAACUGGAAGCUAUAGGUUCCACUGUUCCUCAGACCUCUGUACACCCAGAGACUUUGCGCUCUAUCUGCAACCGUGUGGGCCAGGCCUGUCUGCAGCGGCUUAUCGUCGGUUAUGUCUCUGUGGACCUGGUUACUUUUCUGGACCACAACACCAUGGAGCAGAAGGUGUGGGCUGUUGAUCUGGACAUCACAUACAGUGACCAGCUGGCCAUGACCCAGAUGCUUCUGAUGGUGACUGGAGGAACACUGAAUUGCCGCACAGGCUGCUUAGAAGUGCCAGCACCAAUCAGAGAGAAAUGCUGUGAACACCAGAUUGCAGCCAAACUUCCUGUGGAUAAUCGUUAUGCAGUUAUUGGGAACCACUUGCAUCACACCAACCUUUCCAUGUGGUACCAUCAUGUGUUCUUUCAGAUGUGCAAGUUUCAGGGCAUAGGAUUUAACAUGAAGGAGAAGCAAGGCACAGUUUUUGCUCUUUAUGACAACAGUAAGCGGUGCUGUAUUGGAAUGAUAACCGUCUCAGAGGAUCUCCAGGGAGCUCUGGUGACCUUUGCUCGGAAUCUGUCAGUCAUUCAUCAGGAGAUAUCAUCCUCUAAAAUGCAAGGAGAAACCAAUUUCAAGGGGCUUAUCAAGGACAUAGAAGAUGUACUGCGCAUGACUGCCCAGAACAAGAAGCAAAUGGAGGAAAGACCUGCUGCGUAGACAGUUGCUACACUAACAAACUUGCCUAACUAUUGCCAAGUUAAGUGGUCAUGUCAAAUACACUGUAAAUAUGUGAAUGUUCAAGAAUAGACUCACUGAGCAUAGGUUGCCAAAUAAAUUUCUGAAAAAUACUGCCAGAAUCUGUCAUGAAUCUGAAUAACUAUAGAUUUUGGUAUCCGUUUCAAUAGUCUGACCAUGUAGUAUUAUUGGAAAGCAAAAACUACACAUGCAGUAAAUCAAGUACAAAAUGUUUCUGAAAAGGAAUCAGUAAGUUUUCAUGCAUUCACGUUAUAUAAAAAAAAUAAGCUUUUAUCAGAAACUUGUUUAAGCCAUGUUUAAUCACAUACAAAGGCAGUAAAAGUACAGAUAUACUGUGUACUAGAUGAGUGCAGUUAGUGUGUUGUUUAGUGUUCGUAAACAUAUAAAGGUCUUCUGUGGUGAACAUGGGGUCACACAUUACUUGGUUGAUGAGGACGUGCUUAGUAUUGAGUGCAGUUUCAUCCUCAAAGGACUCUUUAAGAUGACAACAAGUAAGAUGACAGUUAUGUUUUCCUAAAUACGGUAUAUUGCUGUUGAAAAUUCACACUUUAUGCUAACUUGCCUGUUUUUUUUUAGUCUGUUUAGAAUUAUGGUGAUUGUGAAUGGUGACUGUUUUGGAUUAUAUGCUUUAUAAAUGAAAACACACAAAUGUCAGAAUCGCUAAUAAAUAUUUUACAACGUUAGUACACAGAAUUUGCAGCAAGUAUUUAUAUGUUUUUUGUGUCAUCCAGGUACUUGAUGAAAUGAAGUUGAUCAUUUGGUUUAGAGAGUUUAUAGCAGAAUCCUGGCUUUGCUCUCAGUGCUUAAACUUAGUGUAGCAUUUUCAGGAUAAUGUCCAACUGUAUGUGUUGUUUCUACAUUAAAUACAUCUUCGUUUCUAAAAGUAAAAUUACGAAUUUCAAAGCUAUGGGACAAAUAAAUUUAACUUAUUUUGAUUUUACACAUUUUAUCAAUUUAUUUUGUACAUCAUUUAGUAGAGUUUCAAUUAAUCUAUAAAACACUUUAUAUGUGUGUUCACGGCAUUCCUUGAUAAUCUUUGAUUUUCAUUUGGUGGCCAACAGUUUUUUGCAGGAUUUAAUCUGACCCAAGAAUCCAUUAGACUCAGUUGGUGUGUAGACUUCUGUCCAUGGUGCUGAAAAACCCCGGGGCACUGAACCUUUGAAAUAUUUUAGAUUGACUUAGUUUGUAUUUAAGACUGACUUAGUUUGUAUUUAAAGGAGUAUGUGCUGUGAUCAUAUACUCAGCAAAUAUUUAUUACCACCGGGGUCAGUCAUGAUCAAACUUUUUGAAGGGGGUAUUUUUAAUAAUAUGAAUUUGUAGCUAAUAUAGUUUGAUAUAAUUACAUAUUUUAUUUUAUGUUUACUUUUGUGGCAAGAAGUGGUAAAAACAGAGGAAGAUUCUACACAAUAAAGCAAAAAAAGAGGAAUAUUUUUAUCAGCAAUGCAUUUAUUUAGUUAAACAGCACCUGUGAGUAAUCUCUAAAAUUACAAAUUGCAUGAUGGAGACUAGUUUCGGUUUUCACAUUUUGUCUUUUUAUAGGAAGUCUGAGUAUGCUGCAGUCUGAGGAGUCCUGCAUGACUAAUAUCCAGUGACCAGGUGAUUUCAGACAGCUGAAAUGAAGUGCAGGUAGUAGAGGAACAACUUCGCGGAGCUGCGUUUCCGACCGGACGACUAAAGCUGGAGAACCAGAAAACGUCCGCGUCCAGCUGCCUCCGAGGUCUUAACCUGCCACCUGCAGCAGCGCAAACUCCCGCCGUGGACCUCCUACUGUGUCCGCUACAGCUCCGUCCACAAUGACCAGUUUGGACUGUCCAACUUUAACUGG